AUGCUCACCGGUCGAAUCCCGGGAACCCCGGUGAAUUUCAAUGGGGCGGUUUGGAGAGGCGUGUCGGCGGGAGCGAAGGAUCUGAUCCGUCGGAUGCUCCAGGAGGACCCGGAUCGACGGCUGAGCUCGUUUGAGGUGCUGGAGCAUCGGUGGUUGCUGCAGGCAGGAGGGAAGAAGCCGGGGAACGGUGAUCGUGCUCCCAUCAUCUCUGCUGCUGCCGCUGCUGAUUCUGCUCCUGGUGCAGCUUCUGCUGCUACUGCUGCUACUGCCACUCCUACUGCUACCACCACCACUGCUGCUGCUGCAACGUCUGCUAGUGCAGCUAUAACAGGGUGGGCAAGCCUUCUUCCCAUGCGCCCACGCAUAACUACUGCAGGGGGCCACUGUGACCCUGCGGCACAGCAGCAGCAGGCGCCAAAAGCGUUGCCAGUGACAGGUUGGCAGCCUUGGCAUGCAAGGCAGAGCGUGGGUGUGUGGGCUUGA